CAAGCACCAAGCACUCCGGUCCCACCUCUAUAGUUCUAGCACCUCUUUCCUGUCCCUUCCACAUUUCACAACACACUUGAUUUGGGUGCAUUAACCGGCUUGUCAUUGCGCUUUUGUAAUCCUUCGAACGAUCGAGCCGUUUCCUAAGUCGCAGCGAAGGCGCCGUGAUUUAUCGAUCGGUACUUACGUGUGGGUGAAGGGCACGAAACUGACAGCUGACGUUUGGAUCUGGAUCGCAGUACGUCGCACUUCAUCGUCAUUUGAAAAUUACCAAAUUUGGUGAAGAUGGAAUCUAAAGAGAAUAUUUUCCUGUUCGUCCCGAAUUUGAUUGGGUAUGCUAGGAUUGUCCUUGCAAUUGUGGCAUUUUAUUUUAUGCCAUCAAACCACAUAAUUGCCAGCUGGUGCUAUGUAAUCAGUGCUCUCUUGGAUGCUUUUGACGGACAUUUUGCAAGGAAGUUCAAUCAAGGAACCAAAUUUGGAGCUAUGCUGGACCAACUCACUGAUCGCUGUGGUACAACAGGUCUGUUGGUGACUCUUGCCUAUCUCUAUCCGAGCUACAUGUUCUUUUUCCAGAUCAGCAUUGCAAUUGACAUCUCAUGUCACUGGAUCUAUCUGCACUCAACAACACUUCAGGGCAAAACCAGCCACAAAUUUAUUGACAUGUCAGAAAACCCAAUCAUGCACAGAUAUUACUCGGACCGCACGGUACUAUUUUUAAUGUGUGCUGGUAAUGAAGCUUUCUUUGCUAGCCUGUACCUGUUGUACUUCACUGAAGGACCUUUGCUGUUUGGAAUCAGCCUCCUGAAAGUUAUCCUUGUCGUCUCAUGUCCAGUUAUGCUGGUGAAAACUGGUAUAUCACUGCUCCAUGGUUUUGUUGCAUCUCUCAACCUUGCAACUAUCGAUGUGAAAGAACGUGAAGCAGCUAAAGCUGUGAAAUCAGAGUAAUUCUAAUAUUACUUUUGUUUCACAGCCAUUUUCUUCAUGUCUAGUUCUUUGCCUUUCUUGUCACAUUUCUGUUUAAAUGUCAACCUUCGAAACUUACUAACGUAUGUCCCAUUCGAGCAUUGUUCAUGAGCAUGAGUUAAUCGCAACAAGAAUCACAGAAUCAAAGUUCUGUUACAUGUGAUUCCAUAUAAGAAAAUAAUAAAUCUACAGAUAUCUUCUCCAAGUGUAGGAAGCAUACCACUCCUAAUUUCUGUUUCUUUGUGGAGAUUAACUCUUUUCAUUGAUGAAGUAGUCAAUUAGAAGAUUUAAAUAGUAUUGUUAAAACUUUGAUCAAAAUAUUUUAUGAACAUAAUAGUAAUUAGAUUACUAUUCAUACAGUUUAUCAACAUUGUUAGUUUCAUUUUAAGUAGGUAUGUGAUCUGUCUCCUGUAAGUUUCUGUGUCAUCUCCACAUGGUUCUUUUUUGUUUUUAAAUACAGUUAGCAGUCGAUUUGCCAAUGCAUACGCAACAUGCAUCCCAAAGGAAAUGGUUCUUUGUCUGUGAUGCUUUCUGAUAAUUCAUUCUAUUGUGCCACAUAGCAUCUCUAACAUCAAAUUAACCUGAAUUGUUGAUGAAGUCUACUGCUUAUUAUAUUCCAUUUUUUGUGAAUAUUUUAUCUAAGUACUUCCAUUUAUAGCUGGAAAAUAGUCUGCAUUCCAUGUCAGCAUUUUUCAAUUCCUUAACCUGUUUAUCUUCCCUUUUAUCCUGAUUGAAUUAGUAUCCACAUUCACCAUAGGUACUGAUUUUAUAGUCGACUUGUACACCAUGCCUCCCUUAAUGUACUUUGAAUAAGUUUCCAGUAAUCAUUCAAAUUUUGACACCAACCAAAGAUUUGUGUUAUGCUGCAUAAAAACUGUGAAUCUCAUUCUGUUAUUAAUGGUUGUUACCUUGAUUUCAAUGGCCACUUAAGUUAAAAGUAGAGUCAAUCUCUCUAACUUGCAUUGUAUAUCUUUAAAAAACAAAGUAACUUCUGUUUUCCUUUGUUUGUGUUACUUAAAUUUAUCUUAAUUUUUUGUUUUGUGACUGGCUACAUUCAAUUGCUCUAAAUGUAGAUCUUCCAACAAUUGUGUGAUAUUGUUUUAUUUUAAACCUUGUUACUUACUGGUAAUGUUUUUUGUAGUGUUUAAGUCAACACUUUGAAGUAAACAUGCGGACCGAUUCCAAGUUUCACCAAUUUACCGCUUCUUCUAUGUUUAAUUGUUGUAAAAAAAGCUGGAUGUGCUUUUUGCAAAUUCACCAUCAAUUUAACAAGAACAUAGUGUUUAGAAUAGCUUCCAUUAAAUGGUGCUAUAUUAUUGUAAAAUUAAUGUUGUGUCUAGUUGCCCCUUACCUACCAGUAGAUCAAUGUUUGUGUGUCUGUUAUGUUAGUAAUUGCACCUUCUUUGUCCAAAUCUAGUCACAUUGAUCUUUUGAUCAGAGGUUAUCUCUAAAUACUGAGUGUUUGCAGCUGGCAACUUGUGGUUGAUGUGGAAAUUGGAAGAAAGAUUGAGGGCUUACAUUGAGUAAUAAAAGUAAUACAUUCAUCGAUUAAGAA